GUAUGUGUGUUGGUGGAUGUGAGUACGGGGAAGCAGCGGCCGCCAUUUCAGAGAGCUUGCUGAAGCUGUCGCAGGGGUGGAUCCUGAGCUGCCGAAGCCGCCGUCCUGCACUUCCGCGCGGGCUCUUCUAAUCCCAUUGUUUCUUUUAGAUUCGCUCGGGCCUAUCCGCCCUCGGAGCCCGAAAUUCGGGCUGGGUGGUACCGCGGCCUGGGCCUAGCGGCUUAACAGUAGCAACAGCGGCGGCAGCAGCAGCAGCCCCCAUCUUUCCGAAUACAGGCACCCCAGGGGCCCGAAAGCCCGCACAGGCGUUUAGAGAAAAUGGCAGACGAUAUUGAUAUUGAAGCAAUGCUUGAGGCUCCUUACAAGAAGGAUGAGAACAAGUUGAGCAGUGCUAACGGCCAUGAAGAACGUAGCAAAAAGAGGAAAAAAAGCAAGAGCAGAAGUCGUAGUCAUGAACGUAAAAGAAGCAAAAGUAAGGAACGGAAACGAAGUAGAGAUAGAGAAAGGAAAAAGAGUAAAAGCCGUGAAAGGAAGCGAAGCAGAAGCAAAGAAAGGAGACGAAGCCGCUCAAGAAGUCGAGAUCGCAGAUUCAGAGGCCGCUACAGAAGUCCUUACUCCGGACCAAAAUUUAACAGUGCCAUCCGAGGAAAGAUUGGGUUGCCUCAUAGCAUCAAAUUAAGCAGACGACGCUCCCGAAGCAAAAGUCCAUUCAGAAAAGACAAGAGCCCUGUGAGGGAACCUAUUGAUAAUCUAACUCCUGAGGAAAGAGAUGCAAGGACAGUUUUCUGCAUGCAGCUAGCAGCAAGAAUUCGGCCAAGGGAUUUGGAAGAGUUUUUCUCCACAGUUGGAAAGGUUCGAGAUGUGAGAAUGAUUUCUGAUAGAAAUUCAAGACGUUCCAAAGGAAUUGCAUAUGUGGAGUUUGUCGAUGUUAGCUCGGUGCCUCUAGCAAUAGGAUUAACUGGCCAACGAGUUUUAGGAGUGCCAAUCAUAGUACAAGCAUCACAGGCAGAAAAAAACAGAGCUGCAGCAAUGGCAAACAAUCUACAAAAGGGAAGUGCUGGACCUAUGAGGCUUUAUGUGGGCUCGUUACACUUUAACAUCACUGAAGAUAUGCUUCGAGGGAUCUUUGAGCCUUUUGGAAGGAUUGAAAGUAUCCAACUCAUGAUGGAUAGUGAAACAGGUCGAUCCAAGGGAUAUGGAUUUAUUACGUUUUCUGAUUCAGAAUGUGCCAAGAAGGCUUUGGAACAACUUAAUGGAUUUGAACUAGCAGGAAGACCAAUGAAAGUUGGUCAUGUUACUGAACGUACUGAUGCUUCCAGUGCCAGCUCAUUUUUGGACAGUGAUGAACUGGAAAGGACUGGAAUUGACUUGGGAACAACUGGUCGUCUCCAAUUAAUGGCAAGACUCGCAGAGGGUACAGGUUUGCAGAUCCCACCAGCAGCACAGCAGGCUCUACAGAUGAGUGGCUCUUUGGCAUUUGGUGCUGUGGCAGAAUUCUCUUUUGUUAUAGAUUUGCAAACAAGACUUUCUCAACAGACCGAAGCUUCAGCUUUAGCUGCAGCUGCCUCUGUUCAGCCUCUUGCAACACAGUGUUUUCAACUCUCUAACAUGUUUAACCCUCAAACAGAAGAAGAAGUUGGAUGGGAUACAGAGAUUAAAGAUGAUGUGAUUGAAGAAUGUAAUAAACAUGGAGGAGUUAUUCAUAUUUAUGUUGACAAAAAUUCAGCUCAGGGCAACGUUUAUGUGAAGUGCCCAUCAAUUGCUGCAGCCAUUGCUGCUGUCAAUGCAUUGCAUGGCAGGUGGUUUGCUGGUAAAAUGAUAACAGCAGCAUAUGUACCUCUUCCAACUUAUCACAACCUCUUCCCUGAUUCUAUGACAGCAACGCAACUACUGGUUCCAAGUAGACGAUGAAGGAAGAUAUAGUCCCUUAUGUACAUAGCUUUUUUUCUUUCUUGAGAAUUCAUCUUGAGUUAUCUUUUAUUUAGAUAAAAAUAAAGAGGCAAGGGUCUACUGUCAUUUGUAUACAAUUCCUGUUACCUUGAAAAAAUAAAAAUGUUAACAGGAAUGCAGUGUGCUCAUUAUCCCUAACUAGCAAAUCCCACUGUAUACAAAGCUGUUCUCUUGUUCUGCCUUUUAAAUGUACAUGUAGCAAAUUACAUUAAGGAUCUAUAGGAAUAGCUCUAGGGGGGAACAAAUGUGCUUAAUGUAAAAAGGCAGACAGGGAUGUAAUUAUGUUUUUAAUGUUUCAGAAGCCUAACUUUUUACACAGCAGUUACAUUACACGUUUCACUAAUGUUGAUACUUGCCUAAUGGUUUAGCAGAGGUUUCUGGAGUACACAUUUAGUGUAUGGAAAUUCAAGACAGCUAAAGGGCUGUUUGAUUAACCUCUCAUCUUGCGUCAUGAUUAAUUGGCAAGAAAAGGAGAUUUCAAGAUUACAUUUCCGGAUGGUAUCUUUUCAAUUAAUGUAUCUGUAAAGGUUUCUUUGUAAAUAUUAUGUGUUCUGGUGUGUCUGAGAUUCCAAACAAAAUGAUCCCUGCAUUUCCUCAAGAUGUUUAGUGACAGUCUGGUAAGAGAAGCAGUCUGAGCAAGAAAUAGGAAAUGCAGAAAUAGGUUUUGUCUGGUUGCAUAUAAUCUUUGCUCUUUUUAAGCUCUGUGAGCUCUGAAAUAUAUUUUUGGGUUACUUCAGUGUGUUUGACAAGACAGCUUGAUAUUUCUAUCAAACAAAUGACUUUCAUAUUGCAACAACCUUUGUAAGAACCACUCAAAUAAAAUUCUCUUAAAAAGGC